UGCAGUGGGUGCUUGAUUCAAAGCCCUCAGCUAAAUCAAAAUUGGGAGAGAAAACGAGAGAAGCCAUGGGAGAGAACAACAGUGGCAGCGAAGUUCCGGCGAACCAGACGAUCUACAUCAACAACCUGAACGAGAAAAUCAAGCUGGACGAGUUGAAGAAGACGCUGCACGCCAUGUUCUCGCAGUUCGGGAAGGUUCUGGAUGUGCUGGCCUUCAAGACUCUCAAGCACAAAGGCCAAGCUUGGGUCGUCUUCGAGGACGUCUCUUCUGCCGCCAAUGCCAUUCGCCAAAUGCAGAGCUUCCCUUUCUACGACAAGCCCAUGAAAAUACAAUAUGCCAAGACAAAAUCAGAUAUAAUAGCAAAGGCUGAUGGUACUUUUGUUCCACGGGAAAGACGAAAGAGGCAUGAGGAGAAGGGGAAAAAACGGAAAGAGCAGCAGGAUGCUAACCAAGCUGGAAUGGGUCUCAAUCCCGCGUAUCCCGGUGCCUAUGGUGGAGCACCUCCGGUACAGCUCUCCCAAAUACCAUAUCCUGGUGGUGUCAAAGUGCCUGAGGCCCCUGCACCACCAAACAACAUUCUGUUUGUUCAGAAUCUUCCUCACGAGGCAACUUCCAUGAUGCUGCAAAUGCUCUUCUGUCAAUACCCUGGUUUUAAGGAGGUUAGAAUGGUGGAAGCUAAGCCAGGUAUUGCUUUUGUGGAGUAUGAAAAUGAGAUGCAAUCAUCAAUGGCAAUGCAGAACCUCCAGGCUUUUAAGGUGACAGCGCAAAAUUCAAUGUUGAUUACAUAUGCAAAGAAGUAGACAGUACGAUUUAGGUCUUUGCUAUUCGGAUGGACGAAAGUUUCAGUCCUGGAUCCACUAGUUAUAUUGGUUUAGUGAUAAAUGCUUCAAAUGUAUUAAUGUUAUUGGGAUAUGUUCAAGAGGGAUAUGUUUAGGGUGACCCUUUGACAUUUCGAGUUUCCUUUGAGUUGGAUUUUGUUUCAUGUAAUUGUAGUUAGCUUGUAUCUGAAAGCAGGUUUUAAGUGUUCCUUCUUGAUAAUCCAUGAAUGGGGACAGUCUUGCCCAUUAA